AUGACAGCUCUGUUCAGCACGGCUGCUGCAUCAGUGUUUUGUUUAUUUCACGUUUUAUUUGGUUUAUUUAGUGUUCGUGUCGACUGUCUGACCACCGAUUCUCAGUUAUGCCACAUGUGCAAAGCAGCAGUACAGAACAGCAGUGCUGUAUGGAAUUUCUGCCUUACAAUAGGCCAGAUUGAGGGCCGAUGCUGCUUUCAACAUGACGAGGACAUCAUUUUGGGGUUGGAUUUGUCAAACUGUUCUCUGAGUUAUAUAGAGGAUCUGCAUGAGGCAUCUUCAGUGGAAAUAAUAGAUCUCUCCAGCAACCCUAUUUCCAAUUUGAGCAAUGGUUUAUUUCAAGGUUUUAAUCAUCUCACCCAACUAAUACUGCCCAUACAGCUGGAGUGUCCCGGGGGCAACUCAUCAUGGGAUAAAGUAGACGUUACACAUGAUAACAGGCUGUGUACCGGACAGAGGAAUGCCUGCAAUGAAACUGUUCGGAUGUCAUGGGACUGCCCUGAAAAUUCUCGCUGUAUGCCUUUCGGACCUGGAUUCUUUCAGUGCAGCUGUGUCUACGAUUUUCAUGGGUACAAGUGCUUAAGAGAGGGCCAGUUUCCUAUGCUAAAAGUCAUGGUUAUACUAGGUGGAUCCACGAUGGUCGUUUCAGCAUUAUUGUGGGUGACACAAAGACGAAAAGUAAAAGGCACAUGAGUUCUGGAUUCACCUGGCAGCUGGGAAAAAGCUGAAGCUGUGUCAAAGAUUAUCCAAUGCCUGUGUAGUCCAAUUUAACAUUUGUAUGUCCUUUUAUUUAUAGGACGGGUGCUUAUGAAUAACAGGAUUAUAUUAGAGGCUGCUGAAUGACCCUGAAUCACAUGUUCCUCAUGAAUUACUGACAGGUCAUGUCAUUGACCACUGAGAGGCAGCUACUGAUGUUGUAGCACUGCAGUUUUUGCCAAGUAUUUUAAAGUGAAGGAAGGGCUUCAUUUCACCUAAAUGGUGAGAAAGUAGUACAGAAGUACAGAGGUGUGUAUUGAAGUGCUUUCCCUUUUUUGCAUCCUGGAAGAGAGCUUAGGAAAUCAAGGUUAAAUGUUGUAGUAUUAAAGCUAUAAAUAUAAUGCUAACAGUUGUGCAUAGACACAACACACGUUGUUUACAGAUGUACUUAAAAUGACUCAUUUGCAUGUAGACGUUACAUCAUAUUUGUAUAUUAAUCUAUAAAAGAUUCCAUUGUCAACAUGGCAAUUAAUGAAAAUAAACACACUGGAUUUUAUACAGUUUAUAUACACAUGUAAGGAUUGUGUAUGUCGUGGCAAUCUUGGGAGUUUCUGCAACUAAAUAUUUGGAACAUUUUCUUUGUCCAAAAACACUUUUACAAAUAUUAGGUUCAGUUCUAUAUAUAAUAUACUAAUAGAAACAUCUAUUAUAGAUGUUUCUAUAGAAAUAUCUAACAUACAAAUAGAAUUAUAGUAAGUUAAUAUAAUUAAGUGAUGGAGAAAGUUCUAUAAAGUCAUCUAACUUAAUAUUGCCUACGAAUUUCCAGUUAGUAUUUAUAAUAAUGUAAAGCUUGCUUUUAUUGGAUACAGUGUCAUGUAUUAUGACAGACUGUUAUGCGGUUCUUGGAUCUGACUAUCCACAUCAAUUUUCUUUAAGCAUUAAGUGACAGUUGGGGACUUUCUUUUUGACUUUGGCAAAUGGACCACUGUUUCAUAAUUAACGAAGAAUUUAGAUGGCAGUACAGAACUUUUCAUCCACCAGAAUAAUGAUCCAGAUUGCUGUAUGUAUGUUUGAAUCAAAACAGCUGCAGAAAUCCUAGGGCAUCCACAUUAGAUCUAUAUAAAUCAUUAAUAAUGCCAUGUGCUGUAUGUUUACAUUUCAUUGCAAAAUAUCUUGUAUAUCAAACUGUCUGAGAUUGUUAGACAGACAGUAGAGCCAGAAUUAUUGUCAAAGACUUUAGGAAUUAGACAAUUAACAUAAUACUUCUGAUUAAAUGGUGACGUUUGCAACUACUAAUAAACGCUGCUUGAAGUUGUUUACUGUCAUGAUGAAAUUUCUAAAUAAAUUCUGUAAAAGUG